AAGACCGCUGGAUGGAAACACAGGGACAUGGAAUCACUGGAUCGGUUUGCAAAGAGCAGACCCGGGAGUCCCGCAAGCCGCCGGCCUCGCCGGAGGACGGCGAUGACCUGUCGCCGCUGCCGGCCCCGUCGGCCGGCCCGGUGCGCCGCCGCGGCGCCAUCUCCGCAGAGCCCGUCACCGAGGACGACGCCACCAGCUACGUCAAGAAGGUGGUGCCCAAGGAUUACAAGACCAUGGCAGCUCUCAGCAAAGCCAUAGCCAAAAACGUGCUCUUCUCACAUCUGGACGAGAAUGAGAGGUCCGACAUAUUCGACGCCAUGUUCGCGCAGAACUUCCUGAAGGACGAGACGAUCAUCCAGCAGGGCGACGAGGGCGACAACUUCUACGUCAUCGACUCGGGAGAGGUGGAGGUGUACGUCGACUCGAAGCUGGUGACGACGAUCGGCGAGAGCGGCAGCUUCGGCGAGCUAGCGCUCAUCUACGGCACGCCGCGAGCGGCCACAGUCAAGGCCAGCUCCGACAUCAAGCUGUGGGCUAUCGACAGGGACACCUACCGGCGGAUCCUCAUGGGGUCAACGAUAAGAAAACGCAAGAUGUACGAGGAGUUCUUGAGCAAGGUGUCCAUUCUGGAGAACCUGGACAAGUGGGAGCGGCUGACGGUGGCCGACAGUCUGGAGCCGGUCUCCUUCGCCGACGGCGAGACGGUCGUCAAGCAGGGCGAGCCGGGCGACGACUUCUUCAUCAUCCUGGAGGGCAAGGCGGCCGUGCUGCAGCAACGCUCCGAGGGCGAGGAGCCGGUGGAGGUCGGCCAGCUCAGCCCCAGCGACUACUUCGGCGAGAUCGCACUGAUGCUGGACCGGCCCCGGGCGGCCACCGUGGUGGCGCGCGGCCCUCUCAAGUGCGUCAAGCUGGACCGGGGCAGAUUCGAGCGCGUGCUGGGGCCCUGCGCUGACAUCUUGAAGCGAAACAUCACACAAUACAACAGCUUCGUCUCCCUGACCGUGUAGUCCGGGGCGAAGCCGGCCGCUGGAGGAGGCGGGGAGGAGCGGGGCGCGCGCGGCCGGGCCGGCAGCGGGCCCCCGGGAGCCGGCGCCGCC